AGAAACUGGUGCGUUGCUGCCGCUUGGUUCCUGGGUACAAACAUGGCGGCCACCGCGCUGAAGGUUGCAGUGGCAGGUAUUUCCAGAUGCUCUCGCGUGAUGCUCCUGAGGGCAUGUUCGACCACGGCGCCUCUCCGUCAGGGUGUUCCCGCAUCUCUGUGGAAGCUGGGGAGGCUGAACCACAUCGCCAUCGCCGUCCCUGACAUGGAGAAGGCCACAGCUCUGUAUCGGGAUGUGCUAGGAGCCACCGUGAGCGAGAAGGUCCCUCUGCCCGAGCACGGUGUCUACACAGUGUUCGUGGAGCUUGGAAACACUAAGCUGGAGCUGCUCCAUCCUCUGGGGGAGAAGAGCCCCAUUUCGGGCUUCUUACAGAAGAACAAAUCUGGAGGAAUGCAUCACAUUUGUAUUGAGGUAGACGACAUUAACGCUGCAAUAGCCGACCUAAAGACAAAGAACAUCAGGAUGCUGUCGGCAGUGCCACGAAUAGGCGCUCACGGGAAACCAGUCAUGUUUCUUCAUCCUAAAGACUGUGAUGGUGUGCUGGUGGAGCUUGAAGAAGCGUGAAACAUCUCAGUCUGCCGUUGACUGAGGGAGCCAUUCACUUGUUUAACAGCUAGUUUUCUAAUCAGAGUGAUAGUGGUGAUUGUUCCUUAUAGCACUUCUCCUUUCAGAAAUGUACUUCUCUUGUUUUGUGCAGAAUAAAGUAUAAUGUGGUGUAUUAACAUGUGAUGUGUUCUUCCCUAAAGUGUAGUGCCAGUGUUUUUGUGUUUGUGGUAGGAAUUUAAUAUUUCCCAUAUCUAUCUAGUGACAUACACUCACUGGCUACUUUACUAAGUAUAUCCUGCUAGUACUGGGUUGGACCCCCUUUUGCCUUAAGAACUGCCUUAAAUCUACAUGGCACAGAUUCAACAAGGUGCUGGAAACAUUCCUCAGAGAUUUUGGUCCAUAUUGACAAGAUGGCAUCACACAGUAGAUUUGUCUGUUGCACAUCCAGGAUGUGAAUCUCCUGUUCCACCACCUCUAUUGGAUUGAGAUCUGGUGACUGUUGAGUACAGUGAACUCGCUGUCAUGUUCAAGAAACCAGUUUGAGAUGAUCUGAGCUGUGUGACACUGUGAGUGCUGCCACUCACCGUGUCAACAAUGUGGCAUGGCAACAACCAUGCCACAUUCAGUCACUGAUGCUCAAUUUGAACUUCAGUAGGUCAUCUUGACCAUGUCUACAUGAAUGAAUGCACUGAGGUUGUGCUGAAGACAUAUUUAAGCAGUUGAACAGGUGUUCCUAGUGUGUGUAGAAAUAGGAUGGCUUCAGAUGGCAGUUUGAUUUCUCACAUGAACUCUUUUGCAUUAUGACAACUGACAUGGUUUUAAUUUCACUAAUCUGAUCCAUUGAUUAC